UAGAAUGGAAUUUUAAUUUUGUAGAAACAGGAGACGCGUUGGUUGGUUCCCCUCCGAAAUUGUUUGCAAUGGCGAGUCAGGGAAAUCUACCAGAAGAUAUGAUGAUGGAGAUUCUGAAGCGGCUCCCGUCGGAUUGUGUUGGUCGAUUCAAGUGCGUUUCCAAAUACUGGUACGCCCUAAUCAACGACCCUAAAUUCGCCGAUUCUCUGCAACAUCCAAACCUUCUUGUGAAGCUUACCGUAAUUAGGAACGAGGAGUCUGGAGAGAAACAAACCAUGCUCACCUCCCUCAAAUUUCCCCUCGCAUCCGCGGCUGUUGUGGACAUGACUCUUCCAUUAUCCGACCAUUUUCAGUAUUGCGAAUUCAAUGGAUGCUAUUCUCGCUGUUUAAUUUGCCUCUCCAAUAUGCUCGGCAAUAUUUACCUCUGUAAUCCAGCAACCGGAGAGCUUCGCAAGCUGCCCCCCUCGAUUCUCCUCACCGAACCCCCCGAGGACCCCUUCGAUCGAAACGGUACAAGCACGGACAGAAUUGGAUUCGGGUACGAUCCGAAAUCCAUGGAUUUCAAGGUUGUUAGGGUUGUGACAUUUGAAGAGGAUGGAUAUUUAUGUAACAGAACGGAAGUGUACGAUCUGGGGAAAGAUGGUUGGAGAGAAAUCGAGAGUCGUGCUCGUGGGUUUGUAGUCCCGGAUUUUUUCGGUAGAUAUGUAUCACCAAGGAAUGUAUUACUGGAUCGCGACGGAAGAGGAGGAGGAGGGAAGGAGUGAAAUGAUCCGGUCGUUCGACAUGAGCGAGGAGGUUUUCGGGUCGAUUCCAUUGCCGCAGGGUUUCGUGAACUACACUGACUGCAUAAAUAUGUGUGUUUGGAAGGGACGAAUUGUUGUGCUUUUAUAUAAUCCUGACUUUAGUGAAACCACCUUCGAAAUUUGGGCAAUGGAGAAGAACGAUUCGAAUUUGUGGGCCAAGGUAUUCACAAUCGGCUCUGUUUCAGGAAUUGAUAGGUCAUUGGUGUUCGUGAGUUCUGAUGAACUUGUAAUGGUAACCAAGGAGGGACAGCUCGUUUUGUACAAUCUCAACUCCCAACUCAUUGUACAGCUUCCUCUAAAAGGACUCCCCGACAAGUUUGAAGUUACAGUUUUCAUCAAGACUUUGCUGUCUGUCGGUUAACUGAUAUAACACAAGGUUUGGUUCUAAGAUUUUACUUCUAAGAAAUUAAGAAACAUUAUAAACGUCUGCUGUUUGGUUUUUUGUCAUACAGAUUGAUUGCAAGGCAUCUGUAACUCUAAAAGAUUAUAUAGACACUUUGAAUAAUA